AUAUUCGUACCAUUUCCCUCCCCUCUUCGUGGAUUUUCUAAUCCUCGACGCUGUGAUUAUAAUCUUACAAUUUCACACCUCUGGUUGAAAAGAUGGACGUCGACAUGCGUUGGCGUCAAGCUCUCGGUUGCUAGAUAAGAUAAGAUCAGACGUCACCACUGAUCCACGCCUAGGCCCAAUUUCCGCCUUUAACCUGUUUACCUUUCGCCCCAUCCAAUCCCCCCUCCCCCAUUCCUACCCUAAGUCGUGAAAUGGUUCAAGUAAAGAACAAAGUCUGUCUCAUUGUUCACGAUGGCUGGGGUAUUGCGCCGGAGAAAGGCAUGAAAGGUGAUGCCAUUGAUGCUGGAAACACCACAAACAUGGAUACUAUCUCGAAGGAGCACAGCGUCCGAAGUUUGGCUGCUCACGGUCUUGCGGUUGGACUUAGUGACGGACUGAUGGGUAACUCUGAAGUCGGUCACUUGAACAUUGGUGCUGGUCGCAUUGUCUGGCAAGACAUCGUGAGGAUCGACGUAUCCAUCAAAAAGCGUGUAUUCCACAAAAAUGAGACUAUCCUCGAAAGCUGCAAGCGUGCGAAGGAGGGUACUGGUCGCUUGCACUUCUUGGGUCUCGUAUCCGACGGUGGUGUUCAUUCACACAUAACUCAUCUGUACGCUCUCCUGGAAACCGCCAAGGAACAGGGCGUCCCCCAUGUCUACAUCCACUUCUUUGGUGACGGUCGUGAUACCGCACCUCGCUCAGCAGCGGGCUAUGCCAAGGAUCUCCUUGCUUUCAUCGAGAAGGAGAAGUACGGUGAAAUUGCCACGGUCGUUGGACGUUACUAUGCUAUGGACCGUGACAAGCGAUGGGAGAGAGUGAAGAUCGCGGUUGAUGGCCUUGUUCAGGGUGAAGGCGAGGUUGCUGAAGAUGUCGUUCAAGCCAUUGAAGAUAAGUAUGAGAACGAUGAGACCGAUGAGUUCUUGAAACCGAUCAUUGUGAACGGUGAUGAGGGUCGCAUCAAAGACGGUGACACCCUUUUCUUCUUCAAUUAUCGUUCCGACCGUAUGCGUGAGAUUGUCAGCGUCUUUGGUCUUCCUGACAAGCCGAUGGAGGUUGAUGUCCCCAAGGACCUCCACAUUGCCACCAUGUCCCGCUACAAUGCCGAGUUCCCAUUCCCCGUCGCCUUUCCUCCUCAAGCAAUGACCAACGUCCUCGCUGAAUGGCUAGCGAAGCAAGGCGUCAAACAGUCUCACAUCGCCGAAACAGAGAAGUACGCCCACGUUACCUUUUUUUUCAACGGUGGUGUAGAGAAACAAUUCCAAAAUGAGGAGCGUCAUAUGAUCCCCUCCCCCAAGGUUGCUACGUACGAUAAGAAGCCCUCGAUGAGCGUCCAGAGUGUUGCUGAUAAGGUCGCCGAAGUUGUGAAGAAGGGGGAGCAUGAGUUUGUUAUGUGUAACUUCGCCCCUCCAGACAUGGUCGGUCACACCGGUAUUUUUGACGCAGCUGUUGAGGCUAUUUCAGCAACUGAUGCUGCUGUCGGUACUGUCUACAAGGCCUGCGAAGAAGCUGGCUACCUCCUUCUCAUCACUGCCGACCACGGUAACGCUGAGCAGAUGAUCAACCCCGAGACUGGUGCUCCUCAUACCGCCCACACAACUAACAAGGUACCUUUCAUCAUGGCGGGUGACCCGAAGGUCUACCGCUUCAAGGAGGAUAAACCCAAAGAGGACAAGAAGGAGGAGUCCCAGUCUGAGAAGGCUGACGAACUUGAGGAGGAGCAGGGUGCAUUAUGUGAUGUUGCGCCGACUGUACUCGCAUUGAUGGGCCUGCCACAACCUGAGGGUAUGUUUGAACCUCAAUUUCGAUGCUCGGGUCUUCAACUGACCUUUUUGCUUCCAGAAAUGACUGGUCGUUCGCUCCUCGAGAAAGCUAAGUAAACAGUGUAUACAGUGCGGAAUAUCAAGCAUCGGACCUUUUGUGCACGAAAAAAUAUACUAGCUAGAUGUAUUAUCCCCGUUGUCAUUCACCCACACCGUAGCCAGUACCUUUUAGACAGACAGUCUAGACAAACAGUACUGAAGGCAGUACUCAACUACAAAGAAUCUAUGUAUAGUACUACUCCAUGAGGACCAGCUGCCACGGCCUCCGAGCCGAGAAAUGGAUUACAAAAUAUC